AACCACCUGACCCACAAAAUGUCAAAAUCCUAACCUAACCCAAAAAUCACGCAAUAACACCACAAAACCGCAUUAAAGACGUAAAAAAUGACAAAACUGGCGUGAUAUAAUGUCAAAACUAUUAUUUCAAAUCAAAUUAUGCAACCCGAAAGUGUUAGGUAAAUCAUAUAGCCCCACUUUGCUCCUCAAGAAACAUGUCUACUUCACGUUACCUGCAGCCACUUAUGUGAAUAAAUCCGACCGGAAGGCGACCACAGUCGCCCUCACUGAAGACGUAACCAAAGCAUUUCCCGAAAAACCUUCGAUAGUUCCAGCAUGGCGCCCCACGCCCUCCACCGACCGCACAAACAUCAUCCAACAAUACCUCAAACUAUCCAAAAUCCGCCUAACUACCCUCGUUGUGGUCACCUCCAUGGCGGGCUACGCCGUGGCCCCUGCGCCGUUUGAAUGGGGGCCCUUCGCGCUGUGCAUAGCCGGGACAGGGCUAUUAUCAGCCGCGGCCAACGCCGUUAAUCAGUUUCAUGAAGUCCCGUUCGACGCUCAGAUGAACAGGACCAAACAGCGGGUUUUGGUCUGUGGCCGGCUUACGCCGCUUCAUUCAAUUUUGUUUGCCGCAACUGCAAGUUUGAGUGGGUUAGCCAUUUUGAAUUUUGGGGUUAACGGCCUUACUGCCAGUCUAGGGCUCGCCAACUUCAUCCUCUACACCUCCAUUUACACCCCCAUGAAGCGGAUAAGCAUUUUGAACACGUGGGUGGGAUCAAUCGUUGGUGCAAUUCCCCCGUUGAUGGGUUGGGCCGCCUGUGCCAAUUCGCUGGGUCCUGGUGCAUGGCUGAUGGCGGCCCUUUUGUACAGUUGGCAGUUCCCGCAUUUCAACGCUUUGUCCUGGAAUUUGCGCCCGGAUUAUUCCAGGGCCGGUUACAGGAUGAUGGCGGUCACAAAUCCGGGUUUGUGUCGACGCGUGGCCCUUAGACAUACCAUUGCUCUUGAGGCCAUGACGAUAGCAGCGCCAUUUUUAGACGUUACCAAUUGGUGGUUCGUUUUAGAAGCUUCACCGUUGAAUUUGUAUUUUAUUUAUUUAGCUUAUAAUUUUUACAAAGAUUCGUCCAGUCAGACCUCCCGGAAGUUGUUCCGGUUUUCGUUGAUACACUUGCCGUUGUUGAUGAUUUUAUUCCUGGUAAAUAAAAAGAAGUGGUUUGUUUUCGACGAAGAGCCCCAAUCUAGUGUAAAAAACGUAGUAGCUGUUACUUAAUUAAAAAAUAAAUAAAUUAUUUUGAAAGUA